CCCAUGCCCAGCAGCGUUCCAUACUUAAAUUAUUUCAGCCGGUAUGUUCGAAAUUCUACCAAAAUGGCCCAAGCACAGGAAUUAAAAGCAGUUGUGAAGGAGACAUUGGAGAACAAUGGUGUCCUGGGAGAGAUCAAGGCCAGGGUUCGAGCUGAGGUCUUUCACGCCUUGGAUGACCCAAACCAGAGGAAACCACAGCUAAGCAAUGAGAACAUGCUCAUCAAUGAGCUCAUCAGAGAGUAUCUAGAGUUCAACCGUUAUAAAUACACAUCAUCUGUACUCCUAGCAGAGUCUGGACAGCCCACCACACCUUUAGAUCGUGAAUUCUUAGCAAGUGAGCUCAACCUAGUGGAAGAUAGGAAUACAGCUGGCAUCCCUAUGUUGUAUGGGAUACUAUCACACUUCAUCCAUGGCCAAGGCAAAGGUUCCUCCCUGAAUCCCAACCACCAAUCAUCAUCAUCUUCAUCAGUAGAUCCGUCUCACUUGAGAUCCCUUCCAGUCAGGACAGACAGUCACAGAACAACAAGAUCAGAUAUCCUUCAUCAUUCUGACGUGAGAGUAGGAGAGGCAUUCACCUUUAGCAACAAGCACAGAUGAUGUGAACUGGUCUCACAGAAUGUCACCUUAGAUCAAAAGACAGUUUUUGUAUUGGUCUGUAGAUGAACAUAACACACUCCUGAUGAUCGGAGCUCUUCACAUCAAUCAGUGACAUGGAAUGAAAGACUUUUCCUGCUGAUUUUACCAAUCAGCUUUACCAUUCCCAUGCCAGAUAAUCAGAGUCGUCGGUGAAGAUUAUCCUUCUUCAGAUGUGCCACUAUGCCCAAGAAAUUUUUUCAUGCCAUUUAAAGGUAAAGAUAAGUUCCGGUCAUGCGAUUGCAUUGUGAAAGAAGCGUUGUGGAAUCGAUCAGAAAAGGUUGAUCAUCUGGCAUAUAAGUA